AUGGAGAAAGCCUGUAUUCAUCUUGCUGUUAUACUUCUGCUUCUUCAGCAAAUGAGUACUUGUUUGUCAAUCGUUAAUAUCACGAUUGAUCAAACAGCACUUCUUGCCUUGCAAUCUCAAAUAUCUUUAUACAAUCCUCAUAGUGUUUUAGCAAGAAACUGGUCUACUUCCACCCCAGUCUGUAGUUGGAUUGGAGUUACAUGUAGCCUUCGCCACCAAAGAAUCACUGCCUUAAAUCUUUCUAGUAUGAACCUUAAAGGCAUGGUUCCACCACAGCUUGGAAAUCUCUCGUUUCUCAUUUCUCUCGAUAUCAGAAACAAUAACUUCCAUGGGAGUUUGCCUGAGGAGUUAGCUCAUUUUAGGAGAUUGAAAAUGAUCAAUGCAAUGAACAACAACUUUACUGGUGCAAUCCCCUCAUUUUUCAGGCUGUUACCAAAUCCUCAUUCCUUGUACCUUUCGUUUAACCAAUUUUCUGGUAAUAUCCCUCCGUCUCUUUUUAACAUAACAAAGCUCGUACUUAAGACUUCGAGGGAAUUUUCUUGGUGGAGAAAUUCCUCAAGAAAUCAGUAG